AUGUCUGAGCUUCAGAACUUGUCUUGUUCGGCCGCUGGCUUCGUCCAAAGAUUGACCUCGAGAUUCCCACUCCACGCAGACCUAGCUGGACCAGUGGUCCUGGCCGCGCAGGCUCUUCUGCAUGGCCUUCAGCUGUUGCAUCGCCAGCUCUGGCAUACUCAUUCUGCAUCUGCUCUAGAAGCCUCAGGAGCCGGAAUUUGCUCAACUCCACAAGCACCUGCACAUGAACCUGGAGGUCUUGAAGCAGCAUUGGGGCCGGAGGCGGAUGCUGCGCUGGCAAAUCCCGAAGUGGUUUGCUGGUGGCUUCGUUGGACAGCCCUUGCUUGCUCGUCUCGUUCCUUAGCAGCCCCAAAGCCCAAGGUCGUCCUCCAAAUGCUUCAGAAGCUCAGUGUCCUUCAUGAAGAAGAUGAGAAUGAACGAGCCAAGGAGGAAAUUGAUGCUUUGACACUCUUCAAGCUGGCAAAGGCUAAGGCAGACAAAGAGGAUGCUGAGGAGGAUACGCAUGAGAAGGCCUUAUUUCCAGGUGAAGAUCAAGCAGAAGCCUAUGCUGUGCUUGGCCUGAACCAGGAUGGAACCGAUGAGACUGAAGGUGGUGAAGUGACGGGUGGCAGCAGCCUCUACGACCUUUGGUCCCACAAGGCCACUUCAAAGAAGAAGAGUGAUGCCGCUCAAGGACAGAGUGCCAGGUUCCAUCUUCAAGCCCAGCAGAUUUCGGACCUUUGUGAACUCAGUCUUGAAUGCUUUGGAGGCAGCACACCGGUGCCAUUCUCCAGAGAGGCAGACAACUGGCGGCUUGAUGCCUUGGAUGCUUCCUUGGAAAUGUUUGUUCGUCUGUGCGUGUGUGGCCUGAGCAAUGACAAAACCACCAGCAGCUUACUGCCAGCAGAUGUGGCCUACCGCAUCUCUCCAAUGGUUUUGUUGAGACUUCACAGAACAGCUAAGCAGUUGGAGCCCGGGCCGCAGAUGCUCGCCGACGCAGAUAGCAUUGGGAAGAAGCGCACUGCUGCAGAAGCACGCAAAAGUUUGCACAGCUCUGCAGCCUGCGCCUUCUACUCCGAGAGCAGCCCUGCCAUUCUACUGCAGCUGGCAGCACCCUUGUCGGCCUUGCUUAGUCGUGUGCGAGAGCUGCUCGUGCAAUUCGAAGAGCACCCAUCAUUGGUUGCAAUUGAAGGCUUAGUUGAGAAGAUGCUGGGCCUGAAGCUUCUUCAGACCACUCCUAUGACGGUGGUGACGAUGUUGGAGCUUUUGCUUGGACGAGUGACCGUUUGGGAAGAGGCAGCUGCACGGCAUGUGUCGCUUCAAACACAGAUCCAACCCCUGAAGGCGCUGGUGGUGAGCUUGCGCGAACGACAACUCCUAGAGUGGAAAGGCCUAAGACAAAUCAGAGAGCAGCACUGGGAGCGCAACGGAUCCAAAUGGUGGCUCCACUUGAUCGGUCUCCUCUCUGAGGACAUGGAACCUCGGGCUUUGGUUGAUGAGCUUCUGAAAUUUCUCCGCACGUCUCCUCUUGGAGAAUUUCGUCUUCGCCUUCAAAUGCUUCACGCCGCUGCAAGGCUCCAUUUGCAGGCAGGGAAGUCCUCCACCGCGGGGCUCGUGGCGCAUCAUGCGCUGCCCUCGGCGCGACGCGCCGUGCGGCACGCGGCGUGGAGCGAAACGCGCGGACUUUGCCGAACUCCGUGUGGCGACAUGCCGCGACUGCAGGGGUGGUGCAGUAUGGUCCAAUCUCAGAAAUUCCAGACUCCAUUGUCUCAGCGAUUGUAUGAUUCCAUUGUACAAAGCCCUAUUUAA